AUGUCACAUAUCCUUUCAGACUUAAAUUAAAAGGUGUCAAGAGAUUUUCUGAGAGAGCUGUGCGAGAGAGUAUCAAAUCAAAAAAGUAAAUACCAAGAAAGCAACUCAAUUCGUACAAUACAUGGUCAAGUUUGCAAGUUUUUACUGUACUUCAAUGCGAAUGGUUUAACGAGGCGCUGAGGCAAGUUAAUAUUGAGAUCAGAUUAGUAGUUGUGCGGGUAACAUGGAUAAGCGAACGAAGCCAAAGGGCCGAUUGUGCACACUCUGUAAUGUAAACCGCGCCGCCCUCAAGCGCCCUAAAACCCUUGAACAAAUAUGCAGGGAGUGUUUUUAUACGGUGUUUGAAGAUGAGAUUCAUAGGGUUAUACUUGAUAAUCACCUUUUCAAGCCUGGGGAACGCAUAGCUAUUGGAGCUUCCGGUGGAAAAGAUUCAACAGUGCUUGCAUAUGUAAUGUCAGAGUUGAACCGUAGACACAACUAUGGACUGGAUCUCUUCUUACUAUCAGUGGAUGAAGGCAUAACUGGUUACAGGGAUGACUCUCUUGAAACAGUGAAAAGAAAUGAAAUACAGUAUGGACUUCCUUUAAAAGUAGUUUCCUACAGUGAAUUGUAUGGGUGGACAAUGGAUGAAAUAGUGAAAUUGAUAGGCUUGAAGAACAACUGUACAUUUUGUGGUGUUUUUCGUCGACAGGCCCUUGAUCGAGGUGCUGCAUUGCUAAAGGUAGAUAAGCUUGUUACCGGACAUAAUGCAGAUGAUAUUGCUGAAACAGUCCUUUUAAAUAUUUUACGAGGUGAUAUUGCAAGGUUAAGUAGAUGCACAUCGAUAAUUACCGGAGAAGAUGGGCCAAUACCGAGAUGCAAGCCCUUCAAAUACACAUAUGAGAAGGAAAUUGUCAUGUAUGCAUACUUUAAAAAGCUGGACUACUUCUCUACAGAAUGUAUUUACUCCCCUAAUGCUUACCGUGGCUUUGCUCGUGAGUUCAUUAAAGAUUUAGAAAGGCUGAGACCAAGAGCCAUUCUUGACAUCAUCAAAUCAGGUGAAGACUUUCGGAUCUCCACCUCUACAAAAAUGCCAGAACAAGGAACUUGUGAAAGAUGUGGUUAUAUAUCGAGCCAGAAAUGGUGCAAAGCAUGUGUCUUGCUCGAGGGCCUCAAUCGUGGUUUACCAAAAUUAGGCAUAGGGCAAAGUCGGGGGAUCAAUAGUGAACGUAAUACCAACAUGAAACAAGCUAAUGGAACACAAAAUUUACAAAGCAAGCAGUGUGGAAGUUUGGACUUCUGAAUUCUCUUAUGUUGCUGCAAAAAUUGUUGUACGACUUCUCAGUGAUGAUUGUUGCCAUCUUUGGCUUGGAAUAGCUAAUAGGGGACUUUAAUUAGGAGUAGCAUAUUAUCUGUACAAGGGGUCGUUUGGUACCCAUGAUUCCGAAAUUUAUUUUAGGAUGAGUUUAUAUUUGGAUAAAAUUGAUUCAUCUAGGGAUUAAUUUAUUUCAAGAUUGUGGUGUUAUUUUUA